GAUGUAGGCCCCAUUUUAUGCUCUCAGACUUCAAGCUGUUGCAAAAGGGUUUCAUAUGUUCUCUUGUCAUUCAAAUGCUUCAGCUGCACACAUGCACAAGCCUGGCUCGGCAAGGGGAUUUAAACUUAAAAAUCAGCUCUGUCUUUUAAAACCCCUCUCAGCUGCCUCAGUCAGCCAUGGCUGCAGCUGAGGUACCUGGCUAUCUGCUUUCCUCUCAGAGUGAGAAGCACAGGAGGGCCAGGAACUGGACUGACGCAGAGAUGAGAGGCCUUAUGUUGGUGUGGGAGGAAUUUUUCGAGGAGCUGAAGCAGACUAAGAGGAACGCCAAAGUUUAUGAGCGCAUGGCGAAUAAGCUCUUUGAAAUGACCGGGGAACACCGCCACGGCGAAGAGAUAAAAAUCAAAAUCACCAACAUGACUUUUCAGUACAGGAAAUUAAAAUGUAUGACAGAUGGGGAAUCUGUUCCUCCCGAUUGGCCCUAUUUUAAAACCAUUGACCGAAUUCUGUCCAAGAUACCUGAGCAGAGUGAUGGAAAGUUACAGCCCGGACCUUCAACAUCUCAAACCGAGGCCUCUCAGUCCCCGUCUACCAAAUCUACACCUCUCUACUUGCCGUACAACCAGUUUACAUAUGAGGAGAGGGAAGGGUGUUUUGAGGAUGACAACUCAGAGAGCUCCACAAGCUUACAGUCAUACAAACUGAGGUCUGGAGAGAGAGCCGUCAAGAAAAGGAAACUGCACAGCUGUAGUUUUCAGAAGAAGAAGCUAAAGAUUAUGGAGAACAUGUUAGAAGAGCAGAAGAGGUUAAGCCGAGCGAUGGAAGAAACCUGCAGAGAGGUCCGACGGAUCUUGGACCAGCAGAACAUCAUCCAGGUACAAAGCCUCCAGCUCCAGGAGAGGAUGAUGAACCUUCUGGAGAAGAUGAUCUCCAAAUCAGCACCCUAACUUGCUUUGGGGAAUAACCAUAUCUCAUAUCUACUAGUUCCUAUGGAUAACGCUCCGCAACACUCCAAUCUCCAAGCCAACAACUGUCCGCUUAUGGUUUAUGGUAGGGAGAUGGACUCAUGGGCAGUUGUCAUGACAUCUUUGAGCACCGUAACUUGGCGAAGAACAGAACCAUUACUGAAGACUUUGUAUAACAGCCCAGCACUUAUAUAGGGAUUAUUGCUGCUUUAAUCACUUUUUUCAAAAGAGUAAAAAUGUUGAGUGGUCAAUGAUUCUAUGCGGCUAUGAACAGACCUGAUUUCUCAAGGACUAUCUCACUAUGGUACCAUGCCAACUGAAUGUCCCACUGUUGAAUAUAAUAUAUGCAGUUUUCGUAUUCAUCAUCUGUACUUGGGAAUGACUAGUACUCAGGGGUAUAACUACUGGUACGUCAGCCCAAGUGGCUGCUCUGAUGCCUAACGGUAAUUGAGUGGCCAGUGGUGUAUGUUCAUUAGCCCCUGGGCUUCCUGCCCUACUCUUCUACAUUGUAAUGAAACUCAACUGGCAGGCCAGGGGCAUUCUCAGAGAACCAGUGGGGGCUCCAGAGCUGUGAGUAGAGACCCACUGCCCAGCAACUGCUCGUUAGGCCACUACAAGUAGCAGUGAUAGAUUCUAGAGUUUCCCACACCCGAAGGUAUCACCUGUAACACUUGUGGACUAGCGCAGAAACCAUAUUCUUCUGUACAUGCCAGGAAGGAAAACUCAUCAUCAGUCUACGGAAAGACAUAGAAGAAGACGAAUUGGUAUCCGUACCAUCCAAGUAACUGCCUACAGGACUGUGUUUGGCCCUCACAGACCAGCCAUGCAGGCAGAAAUGUCACAGACUCCAGUUUGCUGGUUCCCGCCGUGAUUCUGGAGAAAUAACCACAAGAUUUAAAGGGGCAAUUAGCUUCAACGCAAAAGAAACAUGGUUUUGCCUUGAAAUCACCACUUUAAAUCUAGCGGCUAUGGGGGUCAUUCUGAGUUGAUCGCUCGCUGCUGAUUUUCGCAGCGCAGCGUUCAGGUGAAAAAAACGUAAUUUCUGUGUAUGCCCCGCAAUGUGCACGCGCGCUGUACGGGUACAAAGCUCUUUGUGGUUGUGCUCAGGUUCUAGCAAAGUUUUCCUUCGCACUGGCGGCUGCAAGAAGAUUGACAGGAAGGGGGCGUUACUGGGUGUCAACUGACCGUUUUCAGGGAGUGUUUGUAAAAACGCAGGCGUGUCUGAAAAAACGCAGGUGUGGCUGGGCGUUCGCUGGGCGGGUGUAUGAUGUCAAAUCCGGACAUGAAUAGGCUGAAGUGAUCGCAAGCGCUGAGUAGGUUCAGAGCUACUCUGAAACUGCACAAACUGUUUUUGCAGAGCUCGGCUGCACAUGCGUUCGUACUUCUGCUAAGCUAAAAUAUACUCCCCAGUGGGCGGCGGCAUAGCGUUUGCAUGGCUGCUAAAACUAGCUAGCAAGCGAUCAACUCAGAAUGACCCCCUAUAUUGCUAGAAUCGAUUUAGACCAACCAAAUUGGUGCCUAUUACAUUUGGGCCAUCGUCUCUAUUAUGCCACAAAAAAAUACAUUUAUACCAGUUUUUCACAAUAAAUAAGUUUUUUUCCAAUAGCCAGGACCGGCGGUCAAUGGCUACCAAUAAUGAACCAAUUUUAUUAGUGUAUUUUUUAAUGCAACCUGUUUAUGUGUGGCACUUAUAAUAUAAUGUAAUAUAUUACAUUCUGUUUGGAUACGGAAACACGUAUGUAUAUUUUGUAACUGCUACUAGACCCACUUAUUUUUCCAUUUUUGUCUAUACCAGCAGUCAGAUUUCCCACCAAUGCGCUUUUUGCACUCACUCAUAAAAUAUAUACUACUAGCAUAGUUUAUGUAAAUAUAUA